AUGAAAGCAGGGGUUGCAUUCUUGAGCUCACCGGGCUUGGCUUUUUUGAAUGCUGGACGCAGGCAUGCCAUACUCUCACAGAGAAGGCCCAGAAAAAUCGCCUUUCGGCGCCUUCCCGUUGCAAGCUCCGAUAAGUUGUAUCCCGACCCCGAACCACUCGAGCGCAUUGAAAAUCCCGUAAAAGCAGGGGACUCUGAUUCUGAACCGAAGGAGGGUCCGGAAGUGCUGUUCGAAAAGCUUAACGCGCGUCGCGAAAGUCGAAACUCAAAUUCCGGCGUGGUUCAGUCAAGCUUAGAAACUGCGAACGAUAUGAAUCAACCGUUAUUCAAUCGUGAAGGGGAAGAGCUCAAGCCAGUAACAGAGGUUGUAGCUCCAGAUAACGGGAUGGACUUCAAGAAGGCAGCAAGGGCGUUCUGGCGUAUCGGUUGGAUGACUUGGUGGUUGCAGCUUAUUUUGACGGUCGUGUCAGGUGUGAUUCUUAUCUUUUCGUUUGCGUUCCCGGGUGUCAAUGUGAAAACUUCAGCAUCAGCUCUAGGUUUCAUUGUAACGGGGGUGGGCGUGCUAUUUGCGUUUGUGAGUCUCUUCUGGACGUACAGUUAUACGAGGCUUUCCUUGUGGCUCUCCGGCGAUCGAGUCUCCACAAAUCGAACCCCUCAGGUCGCUCAAACGCGAAUCAACCGAAAGUUGAGAAUAGGUCUGGGGAUUGCAAUUGUAGGGAUGAUCGUGUCACUGACGGGUCUGCAGGCCAUCGUAGGCACCUUGCUUGCGCGUUUGUUGAGCUCUGGAGUAGCGACUACUCCGUACGCAUCGUAUCAGAUGGGAGCAGGUGCCGCGGGUGUGGCUCCGGGAAGCGGUAUAGUGCAGCCUGUUGACAUUCUUGUGGUGCAAGCAAGUGCCAACGCGAUGAUGGGGCUUCUCGCCGCACUUGCGACAACUGUUUGGCUGAGGGGCAGGUCGAAGAAAUGGCAACCGAAGAGCGUUGAAUAGGGGGUUUGUUGCUGCUUGUCGUCAUUGUCGCUGUGUAAUAAAUAUUCUUGAGUGCAAGCUUAGGAGCUGGUUUUACUAAUGA